ACCACUGCUGCGCUUAUUUUACUACCAUCUACAACUUCAAAAACUAAUAGAACUUCGCUAUCAAUAUCAAGUACCUUUAUGCACUGUGUCGGUGUGAGUUUGGAGUUAUAUUUUUCCACUGUGCAAAUAUUUCUUCAUUAGAUUCAGUACAUUAUUGCGUAUACUGCCAUUCAACGGUGUUCGACGCAAAAGAAUCGCAAAGAUAUAUCGCAAUCGCGGGAUAACCUGCUUAUAUUACAAAGUGCUGCUUUCAAUCGCUAUAUAAAGGAACUGCAUUCUUGAACAAGUGUUUACAAAUCAGUGCAAUCGAGAUACCGUGCUGUUGGCUAUUCUAGUUUGCGCAUAACCUCGAAUAUUUUCGCAGUGCUAACGGUGAAAAUUUCACAGUGAUUACUUACAAACAAGGGAUUGAUGGAAAGCAGCGAGGACAUGGUCAGAGUGAAGAAGGAGCCAAGCGAUACUUGGCCAGAUGCAGGCGAAAAUCACAUUUUCGAUUCCAUUGACUUUUGCAAAGUCAAAAAUGUCGAAACAUUGACGUUUCAUGAAUCAUCCGCGAAUCACACGAAUGAGGUUAUGGCAUUGCAAGAAAAAAUAGAUGAAAAAAUAUUCAUUGAUUUGGAGUGCAGACAUGUUAAACUUGAACCAAAGUCAUCAAUAGUAACCAACUUCAAAACUGAGUACCAAAGUUGUCUAUCGACUGUGAAAAUAGAAAACCAAACUCUCACUAAUGAUAAGAAUCCGAUAGUUUUGAUAAAAAAAGCAUUCGAUUAUGAUAAAAAUUGCCAAUUUCAAGUAAAUUCCCGAUUGAAAAUUGAUGAAUGCAAAAAGGAUAAAAUAUUUACGAAACCGACUCAGAGAAAAUUAUCAUGUAAGUGCAAGAUAAAUCGAAAAAUUUCUAAAAGUGAAGCAAGUUUAAAUACACAUUCAAGUCACAAAGGCCAUCUAAAUGUUCACAUGAAUGCAGUACAUAAUCGUAGAAACCCCUUCCAAUGUGAGAUUCGUCACAAAUCAAUUGGAAAAAAAAUUAACCUGAUAUAUCAAAUAAAUGCAGUACACGAUCUUAUCAAACCCUUUGAAUGUGACAUUUGUCAUAAAUCAUUCGGACAAAUAAGUACCCUCAACCGACACACGAUGACAGUACACGAUCGAAGCAAACCAUUCGAGUGUGAUAUUUGUCACAAAUCAUUUGGAGAAACGGGUACUCUCAAUCGUCACGUGAAUGCAGUACACGAUCGGAGCAAACCAUUCAAAUGUGAUAUUUGUCACAAAUCAUUUGGAUACCAACAUGUACUAAAAAUGCACAUGAAAACAGUACAUGUUCGUAGCAAACCAUUUGAUUGUGAAAUUUGUCACAAAUCAUUUAGAUACCAAUGUGUACUUAAAAGUCACACGAUUACAGUACAUGAUGAGAGCAAACCCUUUAAAUGUGACAUUUGUCAAAAACCAUUUGGACAAAAAAGUCACCUCAAUGUUCACAUAAAUGCAGUUCAUAAUCGGAGCAAACCUUAUGAAUGUGUAUUGUCAUAAAUCAUUUGGACUAAAAGCAAUCCUGAAAAGGCUCAUAACUGCAGUACAUAAUCGGAGCAAGCCUUAUGAAUGUGAAUUUUGUCACAAAUCAUUUGGAUACCAACAUGUACUAAAAAUACACAUGAAAACAGUACAUGUUCGUAGCAAACCAUUUGAGUGUGAAAUUUGUCACAAAUUAUUUCAACGA